AUGGGUUCGAUUCGCUCGGAUCUGAGAGGAAGAAUCUUCCCGGAGCCCAUCGACCACUUCGACCGGCUGCCGGACUCCGUCAUCCUCCUGAUCUUCAACCAGAUCGGCGAUGUCAAGGCCCUCGGCCGCUGCUGCGUCGUUUCCAGGCGAUUUCACGAUCUCGUUCCCCAGGUCGACAACGUCGUAGUCCGCGUGGACUGCGUCGCGCCACCCGAUCUCCUCCCUCUUCCGCGUCCUUUUCUCCGGACUCCUGAAGCCCUUGCAGUCCCUGUCUCAGCUUAUCACCCAUCCGUCCCCAUCGUCACUCACCAUUCGCCUACUCAGGUAUUGAAGAAUUUCAAUGAGAUAAAGCUUCUCAGAAUAGAGCUUCCCAGCGGGGAAUUAGGGAUUGAUGAUGGUGUUCUGCUAAAGUGGAAGGCUAACUUUGGUUCGACUCUUGAUAGAUGCAUUAUUCUUGGAGCCUCAAGUGUCAUUCAGAACACGGGUAUUGCUGUUAAGUGUAUGAGUAGUUGUAAUAGCAAUGAUUGUGUUGUUAACAACAACAACAACAACAACAACAGCGCUAAUAGUGGGGUAGAUGAUGAUAACGGAAGCAUACCCGAGUCAUUUUACACAAACGGAGGGUUAAAAUUGAGAGUUGUAUGGACUAUAAGCUCCUUAAUAGCUGCCUCAGCCAGACAUUAUCUGCUGCAGCCUAUUAUAGCGGAGCACAAGACAUUGGAGAAUUUGGUAUUGACAGAUGCGGAUGGGCAGGGGGUUUUGUCUAUGAAUAAAGAGCAGUUAGAGGAGCUGAGGGUGAAACCCUUGUCAGCAUCUUCAGCAUCAAAAAGGACACUUGUGCCGGCUUUGAAUAUGCGGUUGUGGUAUGCGUCCCAUCUCGAGUUGCCGAAUGGUGUGAUAUUAAAGGGGGCGACUUUAGUUGCGAUUAGGCCCAGCGAGCAGCCCAAGAAGGAGGUGAUGGGCUCGGAGGGUGAUUGGGUUUCGUCGGCCUUUGACGAGCCGUUUGGGACUGCUGUGAGGAUGUUGGCUGAAAUUGGAGGCGGGGUGCUGCCUAUCCUUUUCACAAACAUCUAUAUCCUGUGCACUACUGGAGUAUUUGGUAAUCUCGGUUUAAGCUUUUUCUCUCACCCUCGCUGGACCACUGCACUGGAGCCACCACCGGUCCUCCUCCUCUGCCGCCGCUCCACUUCUUGGAGUAUUAGCAACCGAAGAGCAACAAAUGUUUCAGACUUUCAGCAGGUUACAUGUAACAUGGCUGCUCCCGAAGAUGAGACAACAGCUGGAGUUUAUCGAUUGGAGGAGUUGAAAAUAAGCAAGAUGAACUAUCUUGUUUUGAAGAAGCCCGAGCUCGAAGAUUUUUGUAGGAAAACAUGUUUAAUUCCAGUACCUGAUGGUUCUAUUGACAUAGCUAUAGAUGCUGUUGAUAUUCUCCAAAUAUCUGAAGUCAAGGAAGAGGCAUUCAGUCGGAAAGAAAGCCUUAAAAACGUUGAGAAAUGGAGCCGUACAUGA